CGUCGUUGAGGCUCCAUCCGUCGACUCUUUCAAAAGAAAGUUGGAUCAACUGAGAGACCACCAUUGCCAGGACUAACAUAGGCCAUCGAGCCUCCUGUCCUUCCCAAACUGAAACUGAAACUGAAACUGAAACUGAAGUAACACAGGUUAUACUGAAUCUUCUCGAUGUCUUAAAUAAUUUCAAAACCAAGGUGUUUUAAUUUCUGCCCUUUACGCAUACUUCAGCCUCCACUUGGACUCAACUACGACUUACUACAGCCAGGCUCAGUUUAGUCAAAUGAAUGUUUCUCUAUUCAAUCCACAAUCAUCUGACCCGUCUGUACAUUUAUUUGAUGUACUGCGCUACACAAAGUAAUCUGUUGUUCAGUAGAUUGCGAAUAUCACAAAAGUAAACGUUCUCCUGGUUUAUAUUCUUUUAAAAAACUGUUGUUAUCACUUAAAUGUCACUGCGAUUGACGUGCAGAGUACCAAGAUUUCGUGACGUUGCCCGACACAUCUCGUCUUCCCCAGUUUUGUCCAAACAACCAUUUCAUGACAAACUACGAUCUAAAAGAUCCAACCCACCACCACAUCAUUCACUCCCUUUUUAUGAUGAAGCACCACCUGGUAGCUUUCCGAGUAAACAAGUGGAUAUUGUUGGUCAGUGGGGUUCUACAGACAAUAGUAUAAAGAGAUUAAGGUUUCGUCAUGGUGAAUUCUUAAAAACUAUACCAACGUCAUUUGAAAAACUCCAGGAGUUGUAUUUUCUUGAAGAUAACAUGUGGUUUCAUUCCAUUGAUAUUCCUUUACAACAUCCUGAAAUGUUAGAAUUUUCUCAAUUUGUCACGCGUACAAAACUCAUUCCAUGGAUACCAGAGUCAUACGACUGCAAUCCAAUUUUGUCGAGUUAUUUAAAGUAUCUUUUUUCUGAAGAGUUACAUUCCGUUAACAGUAAACCUGUUAAUAUCCAUGAUCAGAGUAUUAAUGGACUUAAUUUACGUGCAGAUUAUCGACGCAAAAAAAUAUCAAUGAUUAUGGAAACAGUAUAUCGGGCAUUUUUAUCUGUUAGAACAGAAUCACUAGUUAACGAGUUAUCCACACAAAUUGAUGAACGUGCUACCAUAGAAAUAUUUUUAAAACGACUAGUCGAUCACGAAGUGUUUGAAAACUCCGAGAAUGUAAAUGAAGAUGUUUAUGAACCCGUAAACGAGACAAUUGUUGACGUCGAACGUUGUGUACAUUAUCGUAUUCGGUCUGAGUUAGCUUGGCAGUUGCGGGGACCAUUUCCUUUAAAGCCUCAUUUUAAUUUAGACGAUCCAAUUUGCUUUCUAGAAAACCCUAUUGUAUGCAAUUAUCGCCCAGAAGCAUUUGAUUUGCAACAUAUUGAGUGUUAUAAUUUCAAUUGUUUACCAUUUGCAAGAACGAUCGAUUUUUCCGAAUUUGCUCGAUCUAUUGCAGGUUAUUGGUCUCGCACACCAUUCUGGGAAGGAGAUCCUUGUGAAUUUGGUUUACUUGGAGUUCUUGAUUUAAAUCGUUCCGAAUGUGUACGAAAUGAAAUUAGUUGUUCUGGUCUUCCAGAUAAUGUAAAAAAUAAUAUUUUAAUACGACAUGGAAUCGCUGAGGGUGUUCUUACAGCAUUUGCAUGGGCGUCAGCCCAAGCUUACAAUCAAGGUUUUACUUUAUAUAAUGAGUUAACUUAUCCACUUUGCGUCCAACUAAUUCUAAUGGAUGGUAACUAUAUUCAGUUGUUACGCUUUCAAUUGAAUUCAAUAACAUCGUUAUGGAAAGCUGAGGAUUCAAUGUUACCAUAUAAUUUAGCUUGGUAUUCUCCACGAGUAGAAUUGUGUAAAUUACAAUCUGAUUUAGAACAUAACGAAACAUUCACUGUAAAUAAUGAAGCUAUCUCACUUUUAACAUCUGCUAUGUUACAUCCUGUGGAUAAAAUUACUUCUAGUGAGUCACUUCGUCCUUAUCUUGCUGACGGAAUGGCACCAAGAAACUAUCUUAUAGAUAAAUCAUCAGCUAAACAUUUAAUUCCAUCUUCUGAAGAAGAUAAAUAUUAUCAUGAGAAAUUUGGUGAUAUGACCAAAUUGCAACUUAGUGAAACAGAAAUGAAUGCUUUAAGAUCUAGUGGCGAAUCAAAUAAAUCAAAGAAAUCAACGCGUUUGUAUACUUCAAAACGUCCACAUCCAAAUGAUAUAUUCUACUUUAAAUUAACAGACAAAAGUACUCUUAUCAAUGAAAUCAAAGAAAAAAUGCCUGAUUUCGGUGGACCAUUUGGAAAACUUCCAGAGCCUUAUAACAGUAAAUUAAAAGAAUAUCAAGUGUUCAAACGUAAUUCACAACCACGAUUACGUGUUCAGCCUCCUCCACGUCGUUGGCGUUGAAUAACUUCAGGCACUUCAACUCAAUAAUUACUUGUAAUAGUUUUUUUGGGAUUUGUUCUAAAACAGAAUACAACUGUAUAGAAAUAUAAGUUUUAUUUACAUUUAAAUGUUUUUUAUAUGUUGGUCAGUGUAAUAGUUAUGAACGGACUAAUUGUAUUGAUUGUCAUUUUUUUGAAUUCCCUUAGAUGAAAUUCAACAUUUUGCUUUUUAUUAGAAAGAAGGGUAACUUUAUUGCACCAAUUAGUUUGUUCUACUGAACAUCAUUUCAGUUUUUAUUUUACAUAAUCUUGUUGUGUAUAGACUGUUAGCGAUAACGUCACGUUUCUAAUUCAUUUCAAGUAGGGUUUUUAUAGAUUUCGCUGAUUAUGUUAAUUGUUGUCGCUAUUCUGAAGUCACUGAUAUCAUUUAAAUUUUCAAUAUUAUGUUCAAUAAGAAAGAGUUUAUCCUUGAACAGUGAGUAAACUGACUUCUCAUAUCUGUUGCAUCUCAGUGACUCAUAUUCAUAAUAUCGGAUCGACUAAUGUGUAUGUUUCCCCUUUUAUUUCGGAAAUAUGUUAAGUUUUCGUUUAGUCUUGGUGAUACAGUCAGUGCGUCAAUCACUUGGAUUCCUGUUAAUCACUCUAUGUUAUAAAAGUGAAAAGGUUAUGGUUACACUUCUGGUUCUAUGUCUAACCUACAACCCAACUGAUUGGAGCUGGAUAAACUCACAGCCAAGUAUGAUAAUCUAACAGUAUGACUCAGACAAACACACUGUAGUGUAAACCUGUGUUUUGUAUUUAUAUGCACAACUUAACAAUCACUUGAUGCAAGUAUUUACAAUUUUUCAAUAAUUCAUUCAAGGUCAACAGCAAUUAACACAAGCUAAGGACAUUUUUGUUCCACUCAAAUAACAAUAAGUAAUACUUCAGUAUCCCUGUCUGGUAAUCAUCAAUUCUGUUGAAAAAAGGAGAGAAACUAGUAGCAUAUUUAGUAAUUAAUUAAACUAGUCUUCGCAUCUCACUUUUACAUUGAUUUUUGCUUCUUGUAAUCAACAAGAUUUAACGACUGAUGGUUAUAUUAAAGCAAUCAUAAAAUAAGUGUUUAUAUUUGAAUUUGCGUGUGUAAUUGUGUAUGAAUGUCUUUCUUGUGUUUACGAUUUUCUUAGUCUGUCCAAUUGAUAAUUAUGGAUAACCUUUUUUAUUACGUCAUGGUUAACUGUGUUCACAUUUCCUCACGGAAUUAGUACUUUUACAAAAACAAAAUUUUCAUAUAUAUAUGAUUGUACAGCUUGAUAAUAAAUUCGUUGAAAAGAGAUCCCUUCGCUGAACUUCGUUUUUUAAUUAUGGAUUUGUAUGGUCAUUUCCGUGUGAUUUUAAAUAUUUUUUAAUGGAAAAAUAAAUGUUAAUUUAGCCAUAAUUAUCAUCAUUUAAUCCAUCAAUUACGUCAUAGCAGAGUGAUAACUUGUUUGGAUAUAUUAUAUUCUGAAUCAAUAAUCAAAGUGUUGGGGAGACCCAGAAUAUUCAUUAAAAAAACCUGUGAAAACUCUUGGAAACAUUUUGUCCAAUCAACAUUCAGUAGAAGCUUCUCAGAAACAUCUAGAAAGUGGGGAGUCACGUGUCACAUUUCUGAUUGAAGGAUUACUUAUCCUGUUACUACGUCUAGUAAGAUUUCAAGAACGCAAGGCCAUGUGAAACGCUAUAGAUACCCUAGAUUUUCUGUAUAUAUACGAACUUUGGAGUAAAGCGUUCUUUCCAUCUUUCGCUCCUUUUCUCUCGUGCUCAAGUUGUCGUGUAGAGUUAGCCUGGGGUUAUUAAAAUAGCUUAGAAAACCGAUUCAAGCGUUCCGUCAGAUGAUUUAUCACGAAGUAUUAGUAUAAUAGUGACAUCUACUGGAUCGUAAAUUAUUUUAACUUGAAAUCUAUCACUAAGUAACCGAUACUCACUUGCUUCAACUAGGUUCAAAUCUGAAGCGUUUUUAACCAUAUGAAACCAAUACUUUGACUGAUUGUACUAUUCCCACAUGACCUUAUCGCAUAUUUUUGUCUGGUAAUGACUGAAAUUUGAUUUGUUUUAUAAGACAGUCUAUUCUAGUGAGUUGCAUAUCCAUAUACGCAUUACAUAUGAUUAAUAGAAACAAUAAAAAUCCGCGCCUUCAACCAUAUAUGUGAUAGUUAAUAAAGACAUAUUUAAGGUGAAAUAUUUAUCUGUCAUAAAUACUCAAACCUACCACUUUGUUCUCAUUUAGCAAUUGAGAAUUACUCGCUUUUCAUGGAGUAAUACAUGAGUUGAAUUGAGACCUCCGAGGCAACAUUGAAUAGUAUUUAAAAAUUCCAUAUAGUCAAACUUCCUCAGGUUUUACAUUUAUCUGGCAGCGCAAUGUCUGACUCUGUGUAGUGGGGAAUUCUCUGUUCAACAUAUGUAAAACGGAUAACUACAUACUUGAUAUUUAGAUCAAAUUAAAAUUGGAUUCGCAAUUCUGAAUGAUAAUUGUAAGCAUCUUGAAAUUGAUACUCGAUAGGGAUUUUUAACUAUCCUCAUAAAAGCUUACAGUCCUAUCGGUAGUUUACGUCAAAUGUCAUUGUCGUAUCUCGUUAUUGAGGUUCAGUACAGAUCUAAAAUACUUCAGAAACUAGAAAAACGAUUCGGGUACUUUAAUAAGAUUAGUUCUUUUUGUAAUCUAUAACUGAAACUAACAUAAAACGCAUCAACACUUGAUAGCUAACAUAAGAAGAAGGUGAAUUUGAUAGAAAAACUUGGUAUUCGAG